AUGACCUUCACGAUGGCGCCCGCCGAGAUCAUGUCCUCCCCGUCGACGUGCCAUCGUCGCCAGCAGGCCCUGCUCGCGUGGUCCGAGUUUGCCGUCACCGGCUGCGUUCGCCAUCCGUAUUGUAGAAGGGCAAAAGCCGUGUUCAAGGAGCUUGAACUGAAGAAGGAUCCAUAUGUCGUCAAGCUUGAUCAGCGAGAGGAUGGUGGGGAAAUCCAAUACGCCUUAUCUGACAUGGUUGGCAAGCGUACUGUUCCUCAGGUUUUCAUCCGUGGAAAGCAUUUGGGAGGCUCUGAUGAUACCGUUGACGCGUAUGAAAGUGGCGAGCUGGCUAAACUUCUGAACAUCAGUGUCAAGGACGAUCUUUGAAUAUAAUUUUAGCACAAAUCUUGUCCUUCUUGUUGAGCUUACCAAUGCCUUGCAAUGCAACCCUGGAUUAUCUUUCUCGCAGAAACUAUCACUGGGAUUCUGUCUUAUAAAAGUAUAAACUGUUUUAACCGUA